AUGAUCUGUGAUGAUAACCGGCCUUGCACCAGAUGUAUCAACCGUAACAUUUCUCAUUUAUGCCAUGACGAGCCAGCCAACAAGAAACGGAAGAAUACAUCUCCUCAGCCCAUGGCCAACUCCAACAGCACCAAUGGCAGCGUAUCCACUAAUGGCAGCCUGGUAUCAGUUGACAAUACCCUCAUGACAGCCGCAACGACCAUCGAUUCCCUAAAUAAUCCUAGCAUUGCAACAGCCUCUACGAGAUCUGUGAUGCCGGAUACAGUAGUAGCCCCAUUUGGUGGCUUACAAUCUGUGCAACAGCCACAGAAGGAUAGUGGUAUUGAUGGCAGCUCGGCCCUUGAUAACCUUUAUUCGACAUUUGCAACUCCAGGAAACCCAAACCCUCAACAACCACCAAAACAACCAAUGCUAGAUGCGCAACAACAACAACAACAACAACAACAACAACAACAACAACAGCAACAGCAACAGCAGCAGCAGCAAUCAAAUAAUGUGAACUCUGCAACCUCGGUUUUGUCCCAGUUAAACUCAUUCACCAACCAAACAAACCCAUUCUUUUAUUCUGAACAUGCCAAUCUGGAAUUUAGUUCCCUUAAUGAAUUUUUGUCGAUGAUUGACGACCCAGACGUCGUUAACAGUGUCAACACACAAUAUAAGACUAUUGCUCCAUCAACCAGCUUCAAUUCUUUAUCUGCUCUUAAUAAUAUUAAUAGUAUGCCGCUGUUUUCUAAUGCGUUUGCAACAGAAAAUAGUAUUAAUCCUGGGGAAGUCACUAGCCGAUUUAGUGCCCCAAAUACCAAUUUGAAUAAUAUUGUUGGCAAUGCCACAAACAUAAUGGUUAAUGGCGAAAAGGAUGUCAAUAACAACAACAACACUAACAACAACAACAACAACAAUAAUAAUACUACUACUACUAAUAAUACUAAUAAUCAUAAUAAUACUAAUAAUCAUAAUAAUACUAAUAAUCAUAAUAUCAACAAUUCUAAUGUCAGCAAUAAUAAUGUCAAUAAUAAAUCCACAACCGAUAUAAACUUGACAAAACCUGAUUAUGAAACUCCAAUGAUUUCCGAUCUGGCAAGAGACAAGUUCUUUUUAACUGCUGCCGAUCCCUCGACGGAAAUUACCCCAGAAGAACGUCUUAAGCAAGUCAUCAAGGCUAAAUUGGACGCAGGACUUUUACAGCCUUACAAUUAUGCUCAAGGGUACGCUCGACUACAAAGCUAUAUGGAUAGCUAUAUGAAUCAACAAUCACGCCAAAGAAUCCUCAAGCCGCUUUCAAUUUUCCGGCCAGCGUUCCGUGCAAUUGCUCGUACUCUCAAAGAUGUCGACCUUGUGCUUGUGGAAGAGGCGUUUGAAAGAAUGUUGCUCGACUACGAUCGGGUGUUUACCCUGAUGGCGAUCCCUGCUUGUCUAUGGCGUCGUACCGGGGAAAUCUAUCGUGGGAAUAAAGAAUUCGCACAACUUGUGGAAGUGGGGUCUGACGCAUUGAAAGAUGGCAAGUUGACGAUUUAUGAACUUAUGUCAGAAGAGAGUGCGGUAAACUUUUGGGAGAAAUACGGAGCAAUUGCCUUUGAUAAGGGACAAAAGGCGGUAUUGACAAGUUGUAACUUGAGAACCAAAGAUGGCAGAAAAAGAAAAGCUUGUUGUUUCAGUUUCACCAUCAGAAGGGAUAGGUAUAAUAUUCCUAGUUGUAUUGUGGGAAAUUUCAUUCCCCUUGAUAAUUAA